AUGACUGUGUGGGCUGCCAUUGCUCAUUUGCAUAAAGAAUUUGCAUCUUGUAAUCUAUUAAAGAAACAGUCUGCAAAAAAUGCUGAAAGAGAAGCAAGGUGUUCAUUACUCAUUGUGUUAUUUUUAAUUUUAGCUCCUGUACAAGAAACAUCAGUGGGUAGAUAUGCUAAUGAAAAAGGUUGCUACUACUUCAACAAACAUUAUUCCAGUGGCGAGAACAUUCACACUAAUGAACCUUGUCUCAACUGCACGUGCGUCGGCAGUACCUUAAUGUGCUAUCUUAGGGUAUGUCCGAUGGUCAAGCCUUUGGGUGCCAACUGUAAAUCUGUCAUGCACGUGGGAGAUUGUUGUCCUCAAUUCUGGUGUCCGGAAGGUUGUUUCUUGGAUGACAAAUACUACGAUGAAGGUGCUAGAAUACCGAUGGACCCAAUGAAGCCCUGCGAAGUCUGCUAUUGUAUAAGAAAUACUUCAGUGUGUACAACUCAAGAAUGCGAAUUGAAAGUAGACGGUUGUUUCCCGCAGUAUAAAGCUGGCAUGUGCUGUCCAUCUCGGUAUAAUUGUACUGAAGAUGCUGCUACCACAAUCCCACCAGGAGUCAUGGAACCCGAAGAGUACGAAGGAUGCAAAGUUGGUGGAGUUCUUUACAAAGAUGGGGAACAAGUACCAUCCUUAGAUGAGUGUGAGAACUGUUACUGCAUGAAACAUGAAGUUGUUUGUGCUGUACAAGAAUGUAAAGCUCCAGCAGAUAACUGCGUGCCACAAGCUACACCUGAAGGACAGUGCUGUCCAGAUAAAUAUGACUGUCCUUCUGGAACGGAAAUUCCAGAAUGGGCUACAACACAUAUGGUAGCAACCGAAGACUUGCUGAGAAAUGUAACGACACCCGUAGACCUGGAACACAAAUUCACCUCUACUGCUGGACUCACCACUCCUGCUAUCAAAAUCCAAGAUCAUACAUUGUUUACGGAAAGAGAUUUGGACACACAGACUCUCAGUGUCGUUCUUUCCACUAUAUCCGAUGCCAAGACGAUUACUGCAGAGUCAGCCAAAAGAGUGGAAGAUGCGGCUGCUGAAACGACAACUGCUGAAGUUACUUCACUGUCAGAACUGUUUACGGAAACAGUUAUUACUGAAAAUGCCACGCUUCAUCCCGCAGACUUUGUGUCCAGACUAAGAGAACCCAAAAUAACAGAAGUACCUGAUGAGAUGUUCAGUUCUGUUACCAUAGCAAAUGCCACUACAGGUCGACCAAUCUUCUACAGACCAGGAAUACCUGGCGAAGGUAUAUGCCGUCAGAAUGACGUUAUUUAUCAGAAUAGAGAGGAAGUUCCAUCUAUAGAUCCUUGCAGGCUAAACUGCAGGUGUGUGAACAGUGUAAUAAAAUGCGACCAUGUAGAAUGCAUGUUAUCACCACCAGGUACUAACUGCAAAGUGACAAGAGAUCCAGAGGAAUGCUGUCCGAAAUACGUUUGUGAUACACCAGCUGAUAUAACUACUGCAAGUGAUCAAUUUACUCACAUACCUACAGUAAUUCAGCAAGAACAAGAACAAAUAACUAUUUCUGAUGUACUUAAAGCCGCUGAUAAAGGAAAGACAACGAUCACGGAGAAGGCAGUUACUUCGAAGCAAGAACAAGAGGAAAUAACAUUUAAAGAAGAGAGCAUCACAGAAUCUGCGAUUAAAUUUACAACACUUUCUUCAAGUAUAUCUAGUCCGACCAAAGAAACGAGCCAGAAAGAAGUCGGAGAAGUGGAUUUUACGCCAACUGUUAUGUCAUUCACUUCGACAGAAAGUAAAACUGAAGUUUCCGAAGCUAAAAUUGCAACUGUGGUGUCCGAAGUUCCAGUAAUGACGGGUGUUAAAUCAACAGAAUCAACCGAAGCCUCUAAAUUUACAGACAUAGAAAAGCCAUCAAAAGCUACUGAAUCCGUUGAAAUAGUUACACUUGAAGAUGGUAAUGUAGUGACAGGAAUGAAAGAAGAGACGACAGUUGCUUCCACGGUGAGAUUCUCAACAGCAACUCCUUCAACUCUUACAGAAUCUCCAAAGACUUCUAUAAUAAUCAAAGAAGAAGAAAUAGUUACACCGACAGCUAUUAGUUUAACGACAACGUUAAAGGAAAGCUCAGAAGGUAUAUUUAUUGAAGCAACUUCACGACCAUCGGAAGAAUUAGCUACUGACAGCGAAAUCGAAAUUAAAGCUGAUGGAGCAAAAGCAACUUCAGUUGCAGAGGAUAUUACAUCAAUGAAGUCAACUACUGAAGAAGCUGUGACAUCCAAGAGCACAGUUGAAAUUACAGGAGUUGUGCAAGAAAACGGGACUGAAAGAACACAGAGUUUGGAAAUUGAAAUGUCAACUGCAGUAACCUCCCAGACAAUCAGAUACACAGAAUCUGCAUCAGGAUUAACGGUCAAAGAUGCAGGACCGUCAGAAGUUACAAAACUUGUCAGUGAAGGAAUGACCACUAAACCCAAGGAGGUCGAAUCGGUUACUCAACAAACUGCCAAAGAACAUGCUUUUGAGGAAUCUACAUCAAAGUCAAUAACUGAAACAGUAAAAACUUCAGAUAUCACUAUUGAAGAGAAAGAGAAAGUUGGCAUCGAAAGUGCUACAGUUGAAACUUUGGCUGCACAAACUACAGAAGGUCCUGCCGGAUUUGAUUCCACUCCUAAAUUAGCAACGGAAAUGUCAACAGUUGAAAAUAUAUCAGAAUCUGUCAGUGAAGAACUCAAAACUGAAAAGAUGAAAGUUGAGGGUUUAACUUCAGAAACUUUAAAAGACCAUGCUAUUACAGAAUUAGCUUCUAAAUUAACAACUGUAGAAAUUGAACCCACAACAGAAGUAACACAAGCUAUCAGCGAAGAAUUAAGUACUGAAAUUGUGAGCAUUCAGUCGUUAGCGCCCCAAACUGCUAAAGACACUGCAAUCACAGGAUCUACGCCUAAAACGACUAGAGAAACUUCCGUGUCUGUAGAAGAAAUCACUAAAACUAUCACAGACAGCGUAAGCACUGAGAAGGUGGACACUGAAACGUUAUUAGCAGAAGCCACUACAGUUUUAGAAUCUGCGCCUAAAGAUGUAACACAAGUUACACCAUCGGAAGGAACAUCGAAAGCUAUUAGUGAUGAAUUAAGCACCGAAGAUGUGAAGGCGGUAGCAUCAGAUUCGCAAAUUGCUAAUGGAUCAGAAACUGAAAAAUCAAAAUCAACAACUAAAUUAGAAGAAAUUUCAGACAAAAUAAUAAAAGAUAAAGGUGAAGUCAGCACUGAAAGUGCUUUGAUUAUACAAGAUGCAAAAGCCCCAUCUCUAUUUGAUCAUACACUUAAAUCAACAACAGCUAUUCCAACAGCUUCAGAAGGGAUAACAGAAUCUGUUAGUGUAAAACUCAGUACUGAAAAGAUGAAAGAUGAAGUACUGACUUCAGAAACUUCGGUUACAGAAUCAGCAUCUGAAUUAACAAUAGCAGAGGAAAAAUCUACGAAACAAGUAACGCAAACUAUAAGAGAAGAAUUAAGUACUGAAAUUAUGGAAGUUCAGUCAUUAGCACCCGAGAUUGCCAAAGAAAUUUCUGCGCCGAAUGUAACCAUACAAGCUGAAGUAUCACCAGAAGAAGUUACAAACGUUGUCACAGAAAGGGUAAGCACUGAAAGUGUGGUGGCCAAAACAUCAGAUGCACGAGCUAUAGAAACUACUUCAGUCAUAGGUUAUACAUCCGAAUUUAAAACAGAAAGUACACAACCAUCUGAAAAGACAACAAAACCUAUUAUCGAGGAAUUCAGCCCGGAAGGAUUGAAGAUUGAAGCAGUUACUUCACAAACUACCAAAGAACCUGAAACUUUAGAAUUAACAUCUAAAUUAAGUACAGAAAAAAUAAUACCUUCAAUAGAAACAACAAAGGUUACUAGCAGUGAAGUUAUUACGGAGAUUACACAGGCUGGAACAAUAGUUGCUGAACUGACAACAGUACCCACAAUUUUUAGUUCCACAUCUAAAAUAUUGACAACCGACGCAGUAUCACAUGAAACAACUAUCAAAGUUACAGAGAAACUAAGCCUUGAAACAUUAGAACCUGAAUCAAUCGUUCCCGAAACUGCUACAGAAUUAGAGAUUAUGAGUUCUACUCCUAAAUCAACAGCUGAGAUGAUAUCAGAAGAAGCAACAAAAUCUAUAAGCGAAAGUACGGAAAGCGUGAAAAUUGAAUUAUUUACUUCACAAGCUGCAAAAGAGCCUGGAAGUUUAGAAUCUGAUUUGAAAUCAACAAUAGGAGGAGAAUCUACAGAGAAAACAACGAAAAUUACCACCAAGAAAACAAGCACAGAAAUUUCUGAAGAUGAAACAAUUCCUCUUCCAACUACGAAAGAGCAUGUGUUUGUUAAAUCCAUAACAACAGAAGCGGCUUCGCCUGCUAGAGAAACAACAAAAUCAGUUAGUCAAGAAGAAAGCACUGACUUUGCAGACACUGAAGCUACUAUUCCUAUCAACCUUGACUCUACAUUUAAACUAACAACUGGAGAUGUAACAUCUUCAGACGAAGCUCCGGAAGCUGUUAGUAAAGACACAGACACUGAAAGUGCGUACAUGGAAUCAUUCACUACCAGAGUAACCAAAGAACCUGCUACGUCAAAAUUAACAACUGAAGAAGCAGAAUCUACAAAAGAACCAACAAAAGUUGUUAGUACAGAAACUAUUGAAGCUAAAAUAGUUACUCCACAAACUAGCAAAGAAUCUGUUUCUAAAUUAGCAACUAAGAUGACUACGGAAUCAACUGAAACUGUAAGAGAAAUAACGAAAGCUGAAAGUGAAGAAACAAGUAGUCACAGUGCAGAUAUUGAAACACUGGAAGCGGAAACUACUGAAAUGCCAAAAAUUCUUGACUUUACAUCUGAAUUAACAACUGACACUGCAGAAUCUUUAGAAGAAGGAACGAAAGCUGUUAGUCUGGAUUUAGAGGCUAAACCAUUUACUUUACAUUCUACCCAAGAUACUGCUAUUAUAGAGACUACGUCGGAAUUAGCACCGAAAGAAACAGAAUCUUCAAAAGAAUCAACAAGUUUUGUUAGUGAAGUAGUAAGCGAAAAGGUUUCCGAUACUGAGUCAGUCGUUCCUCAAACUGCCAAGAAAACUACAGUUUUUGAAAUGACAACUAAAUUAACAACAAAAGCAGCUGAACCUUUAGGACAAACAACACAAUUUGUAAGUGAAGAAGCAAGCACUUUCAGUGUGGGUACUGAAAUUAAGGAAAGUGAAACUACUGAAGUUCCCUCACUUCUUGAUUAUACAUCUAAAUUGGCAACUCAAACAAUAGAAUCUUCAAAAGAAGUGACGAAACCUCUCAUUACUAUCGAAGGAUUUGAAUCAUCUACUGAGCAUGCCGUUACGGAAUUAACAUCGAGAUUAACAACCGAACAAAAAACACCUACACAAGAAACAACAAAAAUUACCGAAGAUGUAAGCACGAGAACGCUUUCACCUCAAACUAUCACAGCUGUUGCAACAUCAGCUAUAGUAACAACAGAAAAAUCUUCGUCUAUGGCAAUAACAUCAAAAGAUAUAAGUGAAGAAAUAAGCACUGUCAGUGCGGAUACUGAAAUGAAAGUUGCUGAAACAACUAAGCCUACUGUGCUAGAUAUAUCAUCUAAAUUGACAAUCGAAGAAACAGAACUUUCAGAAGGUACGACAUAUUUUAGUAAAGAUCUUAUUACCGAAAGUUUUGAGACUGAAUCAGUUACUCCUCAAACUAAAGAAUCCACUGUUACAGAAAUUACAUCAAAAUUAACAACUGACGAAUCAACAAACGAAGCUGAUGGAAUAAUCACGAAAAUAAGUGAAGAUACAUCACUUGCCUCUCAAACUGUCAAGGAACCAAUAGUUAUUGAAUCUACAGUUAAAUUAACAACUGAAGCGGACGUACAUUUAGAAGAAACAACGAAGUCCAUGAAAGAGGAUGGAAGAACUGUCAGUGUGGUUACAGAAACAGUAAAAGCUGAAGCUACUAAAGCUCCCGUAAUCGAAGACGCUACAUCUAAAUUAGUAACCGAGAAAGCAAAAUCACCAGAAGAAUUAACGGAAAGUGAUAGCAAAGAUCUAAUCACAGACAGUAUGGUUGUUGAUUCAUUUACUACUCAAACUUCCAGAAAACCUUCAAUUGUAGAACUUACAUCGAAAGUGACUAUCGACGAAGCAAAAUCUACCACAGAAGCGGCAGAACUGGUUAGUGGAGAAGUACGUACAAAAACUCUCACAGCUGAAUCAGUUGCUCCACAGACUGCCAAAGAGGCUAUAGCUGUUGAAUCAACAACCAAAUUAACCACCGAAAAGGCUACAGGUUUCGGAGAAACAACAAAAGUUGUUACCGAAGAACCAAGCACUCUAGUCUCUGAAAUAUUGAAAACCGAAGCUACAAAAUCAUCUGCAGUCUUUGAGUCUACUUUUAAAUUGACAACAAAACUAGUACCAUCUUCAGAAGAGGCAACACAAGUCAUUAGUACAGAUUUAAGUCCAGAAGCUAUCGAGACUCAGUCAUUUACUCCCAAAACAACCGAAGUACCUAUUAUUGUUGAAUCUACCUCGAAAGUAACAGUUCAAAAAACGGAAGUUACGGAAGAAACAAUAAAACAUAUUAGUGAAGAAGUAAGUACUGAAACUGCAAAAACUGAAACAAUUGUACCGCAUACUGCCAAAGAACCUGAGCAUGUUGAAUCCACAACUAAAUUAGCAACAGAAGUGGCUGCACCUUUAGGAGGAGAAACAAAAUCUGAAGAGGUAGCUACUUCUAGUGUAGAUAUUGAAAUAUUACAUACUGAAGCUACUAAACCUCCUAGUUUUGACAUUGCAUCUAAAUUAGGAACUGAAAAAACAGAACCUUCCGAAAGUACAACAGAACUUUCUAGCAAACAUAUAAGCACCGAAACUGCGGAAUUUGAACUGUCUACAUCAAAAGCUUCUGAACAACCUGUUGUUGUGGAGUCUACGACGAAAUUAACCAUUGAAGAAACAGAAUCUUUAGAAAGCAAAACAGAAACUUCUAGCAAAGAUAUAACUACCCAAACUUCAGAAUUCGAAUCUGCUACUGUGAAAUCUACAACAAAACUAACAUUAAAAGAAGCAGAACCUACAAAAGAAUCAACACAAAUUAUUAGCUUAGAUGUAAGUGCAGAAACUAUUGAAGCUGAAUCGAUUGCUCCACAAACUACUAAGAAACCUUCGGUUUCAAAAUCAACAACCAAGUUCACAACGGAAUCGUCUGCAGCUGUAACGGAAACAACGAAAGUUAUUAGUGAGGAAACAAGCAUACACAGUGUGGAUAUUGAAACAAAGGAAGCUGAAGCGACUAAACCACCUGAAAAAUCGAUUGAAGAACCAGCAGCAGUGGCAAGCGUAGAUGUGACUUACACAACAUCCAAAACUAAGUCUAUUAUUUCUCAAACAUCCAAAGAACCUCUUACUGUUGAAUCCACGGUUAAGUUAACUACAGAAGUUAGCUCUCUUGCAGCAGAAACGACAAAAUCCGUUUCAGAAGAAGAAAGCUCUUCCAGUGUGCUAGAAACAGAAGCUACUAAAGCUCCAGAAAUCCUUGAAUUUACAUCUACUUUAACAUCUAAAGAAAUAAAAUCUUCAGAGCUAACGAAAGCAGUUAGCGAAGACAUAAGUACCGAAAGUGUAAUUACUGAAUCAUUCCGUCCACAGACUGGCAGUGAAUCUGUUACUAUGAAAACAACCUCAGAAUUAAUAAUCCAAGACGUAAAAUCUACAACAGAAACAUCAAAGACCGUUAGUGAAGAACUAAGCAUAAAAUCUCUUGAAGAUGAAACAAUUGUCCCACAAACUUCAACUGUUGAAGUCACAAGCAAACCAACAACGAAUGCCAUUGGCUUUUCGGGCAAAGAGACAUCAGCUACUCACACAAUGAAAACAUCUGCAAUUACAGAAUCUAUAUCUGAAUUAACAACAGAAGCUACAGUGUUACCGAAAGAAAUAAUAAAAGAUAUUGGUGAUGAUGCUAUAAGCACUGAAAGCGAGAUAGUUGGAACAUUCCUUUCAGAAACUACAAAAGCACCUACCAUUUCUGAAUUUGAUGCAGAAGAACCAAGCACAGAGAGUGUGGGAGCUCAAUUCCUUGCUUCAAGAACUACUAAAAAACCCACAUUUGUACAAGAUAUAUCUAAAUUAACUACGGAAGCCGCUGAAUCUGUAACCAUAACAUCUACAAGUGUUGAAUCUUCAUCUCACUUAACGUCAGAAGUGAAAGCGGAAGGCCCUGAAAUUAUUUCAUCAACAUUUAAACCAUCCUCCAAAAAAGCAACUGUGGUACCUUUAGAAGAAACAAGAUCUGUCAGUGAAAUGACAAGCACAGAUGCUGUGGAUAUUAAAUCAAUUACACAAAGUACUUCUGAAGAGCCUACGUCUGUAUUAACAAGACUAGAUGAGGCUUCAGGAGAAACAACUAGAGCCGUUGUGGAAGACAUAACUCAUGAAUUAAGAACAGCCACAACCAAACUUUCAGAAGAAAUAUAUACGCAUGAAGCAGAAGUUAAAUUAACUACUUUCCGUCCUGCCGAUACGGAAGAGACAACUAAGCCUGAAAUUAAAAUAAUAACUGAAUUACCAGUAACACCUGAUGAAGAAACUUGGAAAUCUGAAAUUAAAAAUCAAACUAAAGAGACAGCAGAAACUGAUACUAAAUUGCCUAAAUUUACAACUGUGGAAGUUAUUUCUUCAGAAACUACUUCGAGCACUGAAAGUGAAACAUUUACAAAGCAGCCAACAGUAAGUACUGCGUUUUCUACAGAAGCGUUGAAAAUAGAAGUAACGCAUAAAUUGCCAUCAACAUCUCCAGAAGUUGACGACGAGAUACAUGAGUUAACUACACUAAAAACGCUAUCCAAAAUAACACAAAAAUCUGAAGCUGAAGAUGCGGCAUUUAAAUUAACUACAAAAAGCGACAUAUUUACAGAAGCACCCAAAAUAGCUCUAUCCGAAAUAACUGAAGUACCAUUUCAAAAAGUAACAGAAUCUGCUUUAUUGGAAGAAACAACAUUUAAAACUAUUACGGAAGAUAUAGAGCAGAUUACAAAAAUAACAACUUUAUCGCAAACAAUAAAAUCUUCUGAAACUCCUAAGAGCACACCUGAAUUUGAAAUUGAACAUCCUAUGACUUUAAAGCAUACAGAAAUAGAUUCUGAAGCUCUAGAAACAACUAAAUAUAUGGCCGGGGUGACGUCCAAGACCACGGCAUUUGCUUCACUAGAUGAUUCAAGGAACAAUAGCAUCAAUUACGCAAGCAGCAGUAACGGAAAAACAAUCUCUACCCGAAUUAAUUACUAAAGCAGAAACUGUUUCAGAAGACUUUAAAAUUGUAACAUCUCCAACUGCUAAUGCAACAGGUUCCGAAAUACCAACAACAGAUGCAACAGAAAUCGUGGAAGAUGAGUCUACUUCUAAAUUGACAACAAAGGUCUAUAGUACAACUG